AUGAAGGGGCACCAGCACCAGCAGUCCUCUCCGCUGCUGCCGCCGCCGCCCAGCAAGCGCCGCUGCAGCGGGCUGGCGGCCGCCGAGCCGGCGCUCGUCGUCUGCUCCACGCUGCUCCCGCUCGUCUACCUCCUCGUCCUCCACCGCCCUGCCGGAUAUGGAUCGGACGACCGCGCCGCCGUGGUCAUCAGCACCGAGCUGGCCGGCGUCGGGGCGCGUGGCAAGCGGCAUCUGGAGAAUGGGGGCGCCAUGGAGCACAAGCUGCUCAAGGAUGUUUCCAAAAAGGUGUCUGGAUCUAAUGGGAUUCCGGCUGAGAGAUCUACUAGAUCGAAGUCUAACAAGGACCAUGCUAUCAAAUCAAAAGCAAAGCUCAAGGGCGCUUUCUCUUUAAUUGGACUAAAUAAUGACACCUUCAAAAGUAAAGGACCUCGUGCGUCCAAAAGGUAUCAAUUGAAGGACUUGUCCUGGAGAUCAAAGGAUACGACUGUUAAUGGGAAAGAGAACUAUGGUCAAGAGACAGUGCAUGAGGAGAAUACCAAGUCCUGUGAACAUGAAUAUGGGAGUUACUGCCUCUGGUCUACUGAACAUAGGGAAGUAAUGAAGGAUGCCAUUGUCAAGAGGCUUAAAGAUCAGCUUUUUUUAGCAAGAGCUCAUUAUCCUAGCAUUGCAAAAUUGAAGCAACAGGAAAGAUUUACACGUGAACUGAAGCAAAACAUCCAAGAGCAUGAACGCAUGCUGAGUGACACCAUCACAGAUGCCGAUCUUCCACCAUUUUUUGCAAAGAAGCUGGAGAAGAUGGAGCACACAAUUGAGAGAGCCAAGUCUUGUGAAGUAGGAUGCUCGAAUGUUGAACGGAAACUUAGGCAGCUACUUGAUAUAACUGAAGAUGAAGCUUAUUUCCAUACAAGGCAGAGUGCAUUUCUAUAUCAUCUUGGGGUCCAGACUAUGCCGAAAACUCACCAUUGCUUGAACAUGAGAUUGACAGUAGAAUAUUUCAAAUCCAGAUCAAGUCAUAUGGAUCAGUUAAAUGAGCAGGAGCUUGAAAGUCCUACCUUCCAUCACUAUGUAAUAUUUUCCAGGAACGUACUUGCAGCUUCCACCACUAUCAAUUCAGUAGUUAUGAACUCCCAGAACUCGGACCACAUUGUUUUCCAUUUGUUCACUGAUGCGCAGAACUUUUAUGCGAUGAAGCAUUGGUUUGAUAGAAAUUCAUACUUGGAGGCAACUGUUCAUGUAACUAACAUUGAGGACAACCAGAAGCUCUCUAAGGAUAUACAUUCCCUUGAGAUGCAACAGUUAUGGCCCGCAGAGGAAUUUCGUGUCACAAUUCGUAAUCAUUCUGAACCUUCCCAGAGGCAGAUGAAAACCGAGUACAUAUCUAUUUUUGGCCAUUCACAUUUCCUCUUGCCCGACCUUCUUCCUAGCUUGAAUAGAGUAGUUGUUCUGGAUGAUGAUUUGAUUGUCCAGAAAGACUUGUCAUCUCUGUGGAACCUCAAUAUGGAUGGUAAAGUGAUCGGUGCUGUCCAGUUCUGUGAAGUGAGAUUGGGCCAGUUGAAACCUUAUAUGGCAGACCAUAAUGUCAAUGCUAAUUCAUGUGUGUGGUUGUCUGGCUUGAAUGUCAUUGAAUUGGAUAAAUGGAGGGACAUGGGCAUUACCAGUUUGUAUGAUCAAUCGUUCCAAAAGUUGCGAAAGGACAGCCUGAAAUCACAGCGACUGCAAGCACUCCCUGCAAGUUUACUUGCCUUUCAAGAUCUGGUAUAUCCUUUGGAAGAUUCAUGGGUUCAAUCAGGCCUUGGACAUGAUUAUGGAAUUAGCCACGUCGAUAUCGAAAAGGCUGCUACUCUGCACUAUAAUGGUGUGAUGAAACCUUGGCUUGACUUGGGGAUACAUGAUUAUAAGAGCUACUGGAGGAAGUACAUGACUAAUGGAGAGAAGUUCAUGACUGAAUGCAAUAUUCACUGA